AUGGAGUUGGAAGAAGCGACAAUCUCUGCACCGUUGGGUGUUAAAAACAUUUACUGGUCAUCGUUGAUAGCGGGUGGAGUGGCCGGACUAGUGGUGGAUGUUGUACUAUUUCCUAUCGACACAAUUAAAACGCGCUUACAGAGUGAGCGUGGUUUCGUCGCUUCCGGUGGGUUUCGUGGUGUUUACAAAGGACUUGCUCCGACCGCGGCAGGCAGUGCCCCAACGUCGGCACUGUUCUUUUGCACGUACGAAACUAUGAAAUCGCACUUACGGCAGUACGCUGCACACGACCAGCUUCCGUACGUGCAUAUGAUGUCUGCUGCCGUCGCCGAAGUUGUGGCCUGUCUCAUCCGUGUACCAAUCGAAAUUGUGAAACAACGCCGGCAAGCUCUGCUUAACAAAGGAAAUGCAUCGGCGCUGCAAAUAGUGUACAGUGCGCUCAAGAACGAAGGUAUCCGGAAAGGUUUGUACCGUGGUUUCGGUACAACGGUGAUGCGCGAUGUGCCUUUUUCGCUGAUUCAGUUCCCGCUGUGGGAGUACUUCAAGCUGCACUGGACUGAUGCAACUGGCACUGCGCUUACGCCCCUAUCCGUAGCAAUUUGCGGAGCAAUAUCCGGUGGAAUUGCGGCUGGUCUGACAACACCACUGGAUGUGGCAAAAACGCGCAUCAUGCUAGCGGAACAAGCCGAAAGUAGCCGGAUGGGUGGCAUGGGUCGAAUACUGCGCAACAUAUACAGAGAACGGGGGAUUAGAGGCGUGUUUGCCGGGUUUGUUCCUCGUGUAACGUGGAUAACACUGGGCGGUGCCAUAUUUUUCGGAAUGUACGACCUAACGUUACGCUUCUUGAACGCGAAUGAAGAUAGGUGA